CGAAUCGAAAAACGUAAACAAAAGUAAAACACUAAACCAGUCGUUGACCUCCUUUUUGGCGGGCGUUACGUAAACGAUCCCCACGUGAAUUACCUUCUCUACCCAGCUAGGAAGCUAAAAUGGAGUCAGACGGAAUAACACCAACGACAUAAGCCCUAUUUCGUGAUAAUAAGAACAGAAAAUAAAGGGUCCUCCAUCAUGGGCAUUCAGGGUCUGCUCCCCUUCCUGAAGAAGGCCUCCCGCCCGGCCAACCUUCGGGAUUUCAAGGGCCAGACGGCCGCCGUCGACGCCUACUGCUGGCUUCACAAGGGCGCCUUCUCCUGCGCCGACAAGCUGGUCCGAGGAGAACCUACGGACGGGUAUGUCAUGUAUGUUAUGAAACAGAUUAACCUGUUCCUCAAUAAUGACAUUAAACCCAUUCUUGUGUUUGAUGGCUGCCACCUCCCAUCGAAAGCUGUUACAGAAAGAAAGCGAAGAGAGAACAGAGAACGUAACCAAAAGAGAGCAAAAGAGCUGUUAAGAGAGGGAAGAGUCAAGGAAGCUAAGGAGUGCUUUCAACGAUGCGUCGACAUCACUUCAGAGAUGGCUGCAGAAGUCAUUGCUGCCUGUAGAGCAAGGAACGUUGACAUCAUUGUGGCUCCAUAUGAGGCUGAUGCUCAGUUAGCUUAUUUGAAUGCAUGUGGCAUUGCCCAGCUGGUGGUUACUGAGGAUUCAGAUCUGGUGUUGUUUGGCUGCAAAUAUAUUUUAUUCAAGAUGGACUACCAAGGGAAUGGCAUCUUGAUAGAGCAAGAGAAGUUGCACUUAGGGAUGAGUGUGCCAAGGGACAAGUUCAGUUUUGACAAGUUUCGCAAUAUUUGCAUCUUGUCCGGCUGUGAUUACUUGCCUUCUCUACCUGGUAUUGGUCUGGCCAAGGCCUGCAAAUUCUUCAAUGUCACUUCAAAUCCAGAUCUCCACAAUGUUUUGUGCAAGCUUCCUUCAUACUUGAAGAUGCCACAGCUUGAAGUGACUCAGGAGUACCGAGAUGGCUUCAUAAAAGCUCGUAACACAUUCCUGUACCAGUUGGUGUUUGACCCCAUUGAACGAUUACUGAAACCGCUGAAUGAUUAUCCAGAUGGAACGGGACCAGGAGAUUUUCCUUACGCAGGGAAAUUCAUAGGUCAUGACAGGGCUCUGCAGGUCGCCUUGGGAAAUGUUAAUGUUCAGACUGGUGAAACUGUGGAUAACUUUGACCCUGAAUGUUAUCAGCCACCUGAGAUGAAAUCUUCUGGAUGGGAUAAAAAAGGUAAUAUAUGCCCCACCCAUCCAAGUAUGUGGAAGAAAGAUUUCACUCCGAAGAAGUUUCAGCCACCAAUCCCAAAUCUUGGUGUAACUGAACGAGAAGUAACUAAAGGGAAGGAAGUUGUUGUGCCAACAGCUGCUGUUAAGAGAAAGAGAGAAGUAACAGAGGAAAAUUUGCCUACUGAAAUAACAGAGGGAGAUCUUCAGAGUAUGUAUGGAGUUGCAGAAAAGAAGAUGAAACUUCCUUUGGAUUCUGUUGGAGAGCAGCCUUCUCAAAGUGUGGGUGAAGAGGUAAAGGAGGAGGAGGAGGAGGAGGAUGAUACCUGUGGUGAUGCCUUAGAUCUGCUCUCUAAUGCUCUUGAUGCUGAAGAGAAUACCAAUGAAAUAUCCCCCGAGGAAGAUGACCAAAAAGAACCAGAAGUGCAGAAAUCCAAGAACCCUUUUGCCAAAGCACAGUUGCCCAAGAAGAACUCUCAAACAGUGGGACAGUUUAGUGCUUUGAAAAGGUUUAGCAAUAUUAGGAAAACAGUUGUUGAUCCAAAUACCAUUGUCCAAAGCAGAUACUUUUCGUCAUCCCUACCAUCAAAAUCAGUUGCUGCUAAAGAGGAAUCAUCUGAUGGAUCUGUUCAAGAAUCAUUUGUAACUUGUGAUAAUAAAGAUCUUCCUAGUGCAGUGCAAAUGGAUGAGAUUGAUGAUGAAAAUAAAUCUGAUAAAAAUGACAGAGUAGAGUGUAUAAACUCUGAUAAUAAAACUACUGAGAAUAUAGAAUGUGAAACUGCUAAGGAGCAAAACAAAAGCAAAACUAAUGAUACUGAAUGUUAUGCAAAAGCACCAUUGUCUCCAGUACAGACAAAUUCUAUGACUCCCAAACCAGAAAAGACAUUUAAGUGGGGAAAACUCUCAGACAUGUUUUCGUAUAAAGGUAAUAAGACAGAGAUUAGCAGCAGCCCAUCAGCAAGAAAUUCUUUCAAGCCAGUUGUGACCUCACAAAGUGUUCCAUGUACACCUGUGUCAAGGAAAGAAAAUGAAUAUUUGUCUGUUGUUGUGGAUCCAUUAGAAUCCACGUCCCUUUCUCAAAAGAGCUGUGCCUCAGAGGUUUCCAUAGCAAGUAACAUUGGAUCCAUAGAUAAUGACUCAUUUGAUUUGACCCCUUCCUCCACUCCAGAUUCUUCUCAAAACUCACAAGGCAAAGAAGAGAAACGGAAUGCACAAGAUGAAAAGAGGGCAUCAAAUGUUAAGCUAACAAGUCCUUUGAGUCGGAUGUCUUCAGCAAAGUCAAGGCCUGUUGGCCUCUCGAAACCACGGGGCAAGGCUCAGAAACAAACAGAUGCUAAGCAGAGGAAUCUCAGAGAUAUGUUUGCUUUUAAGAAAGAUACAACCAAGCUUUUAUCUUCAAGACCAUCAUUGUAAAAGCAGUUUUUAAUAAUAAUUCCAUGUGACUUUUGACAGUAAGAGAAAUGUGUCUGUAAUGUAUAUUAAUGUGUGAUCCACAAUGGUGUAUGUGUACGUGUAUAUGCUUUUUUACUCUACAUGUUAACAUGUAAGUUUACCCAUAGAGAAGGUGACAUCCUUUAAUGGUACAAAAUGUGGAUUCAAGUUAUUUUGAUUAUUGAAAGUUAAGCUGAAAACUGUAAUGGAUGAAAACAAAUUUUAAAUAUUUUUUAUUUUAAACUUUUCAAGGUAUCUUAGAUUUCUAUCGACAUUAUUUUUUAUAUUUUGUAUCUUAUAUACAGUUGUAAAAAUUAUAUCUUUGACUGACCAUGAUACAAAGUAGGUCCUUGGCAUAUAAUUAACUUAUUUUUUAGAUAUUUUAACAUGAAAUAUGGUAAUUGUAGUGACAUCUACAGUAUGAAUAAAUACACAAAGCAG